AUGGACAAAGGCAUCUACUUCGAAGGGGACGAUGAAGUCAUGCCCUUCAACAAAUCCACCCCAAUCCCCGCUCCCAAAGUCGACAAGCCAGUCGACGAACUCGCCUUCAUCGACGUCGAACCCAACACAAUCUGGUACUUGAGCAUCAUCCGACCACACAUCGAUUCCUACGAACUCUUCGGUCCCGCGAAAGCAUUCCGCCACCUCCUCCCUCAAAUCGAAGACGUCGUCAGCAACUCGCCCCCCGCAAUCGAUAAGUACGCCCUCCUGAAAGAGAAGCCAAACGACGACUUCCUGUUUGAGGAUGACGAAGAUGAAGAGAAGGAGGUUGAUGAAGAGUUCUUGGAAAAAGGCUUCGAUACAUUCAUUGUUGAGGGCCAACGCGGCGUCUACACUAUACUGAAGAUACAUCGCGAAAUCAACAAAGACGUCUUCGAUAUCUUGCCCGCGCCCGUCUACACCAUUAUCUCCGCCGGCCCUCUUGCCCAUGCCGAACACCAUUCCUCUACCUCCUUGUCUUCGAAAUUCGAGGCUUCCAAGCCAAAAGGAUACGCAGCUACAACCAAGCUUCACGCCUCUUACGUCGAUCGUGCUGACGCGAAGGAAGACGCUGAACAUAUCUUCACGGUCUUGCUCCUUGAUACAGAGGAUGUGAAGCAGACUAAGAAGUGGGAGAAGGGGACUAAAGGAGGGGGUAUCUUGAUCGGUAUGAACGCGAGUAUCAAGGUUCUUUACAUGGAUGAUCCGAUUGGCAGGGCGCAGGAAGAGGCUGACAGGGAGCAUGACGGCUUCGUUCUGUGA